AUGAAUUGUGCAAUAUUAAAAGUUCAUCCACGGACUAUUAUACGUUACCGUCAAGUAGUCCGACAAGCUCCUGAGAUUUACGGCAAGUGGCAUGAUAUUGCGUUGCUGAAGCUUGAGACACCAAUAAGAGAUGUCCCACUUGGUCAGCUAUCAAGUUGCAGCCGUCGUCUUAAAGUAGGCGAUGUUGUUCAGCUGGCAGGAGAAGGAGGAACGACAACCGGCCCCAAUAAUAAGCGAUUAACUGCUUCUGCUAUUCCAUCACAUCUUCAGUGUGUCAACAUGAAAGUUGUUGCUGUUUCCACCUUCUUGCAGACACGUGGGCAUAUAUUCCUUACUGAAGCACCGAACAAGGAUAUAUGCUAUGCUGACGCUGGUGGAGCAGCGAUGUACAACGGCAUGAUUUAUGGAGUGAUUUCUUUUUUUGGAGCAGACUAUGCAUGUCAGCAAUCAACUGUAAUCAUGGAUGUGUGUGAAUACUUGGGGUGGAUAAAACAAAAAACUGGCCUUGAAUAAAACAUAAACUAUCAUGAAAUAAAAUUCUCAUCAAAUUUCCUCUCACAUAUAAUUUUAUAAUUGUAUCUUCAUCAGUUUGAUCCACAUGUUUGUAGAAUUAGAAUAAAUUCAUUGUUUUGUUUUUUUCCUCACCUGA